UUUUACAAUGCACGUGUGUCUAAAACUUGUUCGGUUUGAAGUACAGUACCUGGCCUCUGCUUGCUUCAUAGAAGUCUGCUGUCAAAGCUCAAUGAGUUAUGACUGCUGUAGUCCAUGUUAUAAUUGCUCAUUCUAAGAACAGGCAAAAUGAUUUUCUAAAGCAAAAAAUCAGGAAUUAGGCAAAAGAUUCACCUGCCUGCCUUUUAGAGGGGUGUCCCCACAUAAUCACAGAUACUAGAAUUCUGGACUUCUUUUUUCUACAGAACAGUAGUGGGAAGAAUUUUGGUAGUCUGGCAAAAGGUAAGCACCCAGUCUGACCUGACAUGUACUUGCAUUUCCGCGUAAUAAAAAAAGCAGUUCUAAGGUUACAAAGUCAUGGAAAAUCAACACCUGGAUGGGUAUAUAAUGGAUUAACCUGGCAUGAGAAGUGGACUGAUUUGGAAUCGGCAUUACCAGAAAGGACAUGCUUUCGCCUGGAACUGGCUUGAUCUACCUGCUUUACACAUCCAGUCAUUUGCAGUGAUGUCUUUUGCUUUAAAACGGAGAAGGAUAAUCACAAGGCUUGGGACGUCAUUGCUAAAAAAUCGAGCUUACCCUCCUAUAGUGUCUGUAUUCAAGGCUCGGUGACAUGACACCCUCGCCCUGUUCCCUUCCCUUCCUCCCUUUUCUCUUCCUCUUAUCCCUCAUCUGUCCUUCCCUCUCCCAUUCCCCGCUGCGCUGGUCCUCCUCUCAGGACCCCUGCUAUCACCUGGACGGGCGUCCCAGACACUGCCUGUCAGAGUUCAUCAACGCUGCGUACGGGGUGCCGGUCCGUGCCGGGGAAUCCCAGGGCGGAGCCGGGAAGAAUGUCAGCUCCCUCACCGACCUCCACAAUCCCCACAACCUGAGCUGCUGGCUGGGAGAGGGAGCGGGCAGGGACUGGACCCUGACUGUGCCCCUGGGCCGGCGCUUUGAGGUCACCUACAUCAGCCUGCAGUUCUGCCAGCAGGGGGAGCUGCCGGAUUCCCUUUCGAUCUCCAUCCUCAAGUCCAUGGACUACGGCCGCAGUUGGAGGCCGCUCCAGUUCUACUCCCCGGACUGUCCUGGGAAGUUCGGGCUCCCCGCCCGCGCCUCGGCCCCAUCCCGCCACCAGGAGACCGAGCCCCUCUGCUCGGAUCCCCGCCCCCUGCAGAGGCACAGAGGGGGCCUGGUCCUCGCCUUCUCCACUCUAGACGGCCGCCCCUCCUCUGCAGACUUUGACUAUAGCCCGGUGCUCCAGGACUGGGUGACUGCCACUGAUAUCAGGGUGGUGUUCCACAGGCACCAGAACAAGCCACAGCUGAGGGACGAGUUUGUGUGGGGUGAGGAUGGGGCUUUGAGAUGGAGGGCGGGGUCGAAGGAGGAGGGAAGAAGCCAGGUGGACCAGGAGAAAGAGCAGAGCGCUUGGGGGAGACCAGGGACAGGUUUAAGAGAGCCAGGCCUUGGCAGGAAAGGGGAGGAGUUCAGAACAGAGGCCCAAUUAUUUGGUGAAAAGGAUGGGAGCACAAAAAAGACAGGCAGAAGAGGAGGCAGGAGGGGGGAAGGGAUGGGCAAAUCCCUGAAGAAGAAUGGCAGCAAAGGAACAGGACAGGCAGAGGAUGGACACAAUGUGACCAGGAAGGAGGAGGAAGGAAUUACUCAGGGAAGAGGCAUUGUCUCCUCAAGAAAGGGGAGGGGUGAGGGCAAGCGGCGGGGCCGCAAGAGGGAGGGUCCCCAAAGGAGGGGGUGCACAGAGGGAGUCUGUGAUUGGACCGUGGAGGGACGGGGGCGGGGUUCCAGGGGGCAGGAGCUGAGGAAGAGGCGGAACCACAACCGGGGUGUCGUGGUGCAGUCGAGGCAGAGGAGCGGGAGCCUCCAGUGGGCCCCGAAGCCCCCGUCCCCCCUCUCCUCCCCGCCGCCCCUCUCGCUCUCCGACCUGCAGGUGGGCGGCAGGUGCAAGUGCAACGGGCACGCCUCGCGGUGUCGCCGUGACGCCCAGGGCCAGGCCGUGUGCCAGUGCGAGCACCACACCGCCGGGCCCGACUGCGACGUGUGCCAGCCCUUCUACUACGACCGGCCCUGGCAGCGCGCCACGCCCACACAGCCACACCCCUGCGUCCCGUGCGAGUGUAACGGCCACUCCACGCGCUGCAGGUUCAGCAUGGAGGUGUUCCAGCAGUCGGGCAGGCGCAGCGGGGGCGUCUGUCUGAAGUGCAAGCACCACACGGCCGGCCGCCACUGCCAGUACUGCCAGAGCGGAUACACGCGCGACCACAGCAAGCCCCUGAGCCACCGCCAGGCCUGCCGACCUUGUCAGUGUCACCCGAUGGGGGCUGUGGGGCGAUGGUGUAACCAGACGUCGGGGCAGUGUCUCUGUCGGGACGGGGUGACGGGGCUGAGGUGCAAUCGCUGCGCUCCCGGGUACCAGCAGGGGCGCUCUCCCCUCAGGCCCUGCCUCCGGAUCCAGGAGGUGGUCCCUACGACGCCAGUCUACCAGCCCCAGUACAGCAUAGCUGAGGAGUGCGGCUCCUACUGCCAGCCUUCCCAGGUCAAAGUGAGAAUGAACCUGGACACUUACUGUCUGAAGGACUAUGUGCUGAAGGUGCAGGUGAGGGGAAUGGAGCGGUCGGGACCCUGGUGGCAGUUCUCCGUGUGGGUGCAGUCCGUGUUCCGCACGGGGGCGUCCCAGGUGCGCCGGGGGCUGCAGGCACUGUGGGUGCCCGACCGGGACCUGGGCUGCGGCUGCCCCGCCCUGCAGGUGGGCCGCACCUUCCUGCUAAUCGGGGCGGAGGACGGGCGGAGCUGGGGCCCCGAGGAGAGCCGGCUGGUGGCGGACCGCUCGGCGCUGGCCCUGCCGUGGCGGGAACACUGGAGCCCCAAGCUGCGGGGGUUCCGGGGGCAGGACAGGAGGGGCCGGUGCCCCGCGGGCCCCCAGGGGAACGGCACGCGUCCCCUCUCCUCCCAGCACUCGCAAGCGGGAUUCACCCCCCCGCACCUGGAGCCCCCACCCCUGCUGCCCCCCACAGAGGCCAGGCAGGCGCCCCAUGCACACAGUGACUCAUCAGGGCCUCCUGUCGUGCCGGACCCGCAAAGCCUGGAGCCACAGCACACGCAGUCGCCACCGCCGGAGACGAGCCCGCAGCUCCCCCAGGAUGACCCGCCCUCUCUGGACACGGCCCGCGUGCUGCAGUCCCGCCCCCACCCCAAACCGUCACGCCCACGGAAGCAUUCCGCCUCCACUCCUGCCCCCUCACAGCCACCCCAGCCCCCCCACUGAUGAUAGAGGAGAGGAGGAAACUGUGGAGGGGCUUGACCUCCUCUGUGUGGGGCGGGAAUAUUUUUCGGAGUGGGCGGACUGAAUGGCUCACAAAGCUCCGUCCCCAGGCGGGCACCCGCCUCCCUGCCCUAGGACGACUGGUGGAGCUGUACUAUAUGUCUUAAAAUGUCGCAGGGGGCGGGGUUUCUGACCUCUCAACUCAACUUUCGGAACAAAAGCCACUUUUAGUAGAGCUAUGGCCAGGGGAUGUGAAAUGACAGCAGGAUGUUUUGGGACUGGUUAACCUUUUCCUGACCUCACAGACCUGUAUGAGGCCAGUCAAGGACAUGAUUGACACGCCCCUCUUUCAGUAAUAUUCCUUAUAUUAUAGGCUUAAGGCCUGCAAAGCUUAGAAAAUGAAAACCAGGAUGCCUUUAGUACACUGGUUAAAAGAAACAUGAGGGCUUGAUUCUCAGGUAUCCACUCCAACAAAACCAUAAUGUAUUGUGUAAUAACCUCUUUCUAAUUGUAGACAUUUGAAGUAUUACCCAAAGUAAGGGUAUCUGGUUGUAGUUCUGGAUUUUCCAACUGCCAUCCACAACAGUUGUCUGUGUAAACCCUUCAGGAAAGAGGGGGCGUGUCUCCAAACAUGUGGCCUCUCCCCCUGCCCUGUUACAUAACGCGGGCACGGGGGUAGGUGCCAGAAAUCUCCUCAGCCAUUUCUAAUUUUUCUGAUGAUUCUCAAUGCC